ACGGCAUCAACCACGACUGUACUGCUUUCACUUUUCUCCGGCUUUACUCAACAACAAAUCUAUCCUCUCCUUGGCACUUUGCCAGAAGAUGGCGUCUUUCAAGACGCGUGUCGACGAGGUAAAGCGAAGCGAUGUGGCCAAGAAUACACUUCUCGAUGAACUGCUGGCACAUGUUGACCAGCUUACGAAAGAACGUGAUGCCGCCAAGGGCGAACUUGACAUGGCGCAGGAUACCGCGCGGACGUAUUACCAGAGAAUGGUGAAAGCGGAGUCGGAAAAGUCUCACAUCCAGACAUCGAUGGAUUGUGACAGAUUUGUCCUCGUACUGAUAGAUGGGGAUAGUAUGCCGUUUCUCAACGAAUUUGUUUCCAGAGGCCUGGAAGGCGGCGAAGAUGCUGGUAAACAUCUUCGGACAGCUGUCCUGGAAUACUACAAGACGCUCUCCAAGUACCAUGCUGAUGAUCGUGUUGUGAUACGGAUCUAUGCAAAUUCGAAAGGACUCGGUAGGGCCUACAAAUCAGCCAAGCUCAUUCCCGACGAGUCUGUAUUUGAUCAGUUCAUGAUCGGCUUCAACAGGAGUCAUCCCCUGUCCGACUUUGUGGAUGCAGGUCAUCACAAGGAAGCUGCAGACUCAAAGCUCAAAGCAAACUUUGAGCUGUACUAUCGAAACCACCACUGCCAACAUAUCAUGUUCGGUGGAUCUGCCGACAAUAGUUAUGCCGGCUUCCUCAGUCCCUUCUCGCUUCCCGGUGCCAUCAACGACCGCAUAACAUUGCUCGAAGGUCCACCUUUCCCCUAUGAGUUGAGAAAAGUCGCCCAAGGCUUCUUCCACACUGGGUUUCGAGGCAUCUUUAGGACAACAAAGAUCCAGACAAUUCCGAACAGUGGUCAAGUUAUCGGAGCCAAAAGACCGGCUACGGACGCUCUCACAUCGUUCAGAGAACGACCGGCGCCAAAUUCUACUUCCGCGGCUGUUACUCCUCCCAAGGCACAGCCAAACCAGCAACCACAACAAGCAGCGCAAACACCGCCGACAUCCUUCACUCCUCCGCCGUUCGUCUUCCAGAACCAGUACGGUCAACGAUUGGAUGUUCCUCUUGACGUUGACAAAGACUAUCUUAAGGAGUUGUACACCAAGAAUACCCGGCUUUGCAACAAUUUUUAUCUGAGGGGUCACUGUCCGUUCGGCGAUAAGUGUGAGUGGGACCACAGCCAGCAUCUUACCAAGCGACAACUCGACACCUUCAGACACAAAGCACGGUCAUCCAGUUGCCGAGACCCGUUCUGUCAAGAUCCAGCUUGCUGUUUGGGCCAUAUGUGCCCCCGAGGAGCUUCAUGCGACAUUUCCAUAUGCAAAUUCCUGCCUGAACAGCACAAUAUCGACUGUGCCGAGGUCUACCAGUACUACCCCGAAACCAAGGAGAGAAAGAGAAUCUUGAUGCCUGGUUAGGACCAAGUGCAACAAGUUCCCUUCCUCCCUACCCGGACAACCAGCCUAACCGACAGAUCACGUCCUCGCCAGCUAUUGGUCGCCCGACGUAUCCCUUUGAGGCGUCGUCGGUCCGGUUGAUCGAUUCAAGGCCCAUUGGAGCCUCCACUGUUGGACAGGAUGCACGAAUCCUUGAUCUCUUGCAAUAGGUCAACCGGUUUCCAUGGUAUUCUGUCACAGUUGGAAGCGGCCUUGCACCCUAGUCAUCCGUACGGCCUGUUCCCCUUUCCCGGCACCAUUUGCCGGGUUUCCUUUUCGUAUUGUGUUACGUUAGAAUACCCCUUCGCGUUGCAUCCCCCUUCCCCAGUUAUCCUUCCGGCAUUAUCUCUUGCACGUUGCAGGCUCUAGGUCUCUGCACCGCAGGCUAAACCGUCUCAAGACGAGACAGGGCGUGCCUUUGCGGCCUUAAAAUCGGUAUAGCAAUAAAAGCUGAUAAAACAUUUCC